AUGGCCUCUGUUACUGCUUCAUCCGUCUCUUUCUCCUCUGCCCCUUCAUCUCUCAAGAAAAACCAGGUCUCGCAAUUGAAGACAGUUUCAGUUUCUUUCGGUGGAAAAAGCUUCAAGCCAUUCCCUCUCCGUUUCCAUGUUGCCUGUGCGGCAAAACCUGAGACAACGGAUAAAGUUAUUGAAAUUGUGAGGAAACAACUAGCUCUCCCUGCUGAUUCAGCCAUUACUGGAGAGUCCAAGUUCGCAUCACUCGGUGCUGAUUCACUCGAUACGGUUGAGAUUGUCAUGGGACUUGAAGAGGAGUUUGGGAUCUGCGUGGAAGAAGAAAGUGCUCAAACUAUCACCACUGUUCAAGAAGCAGCCGAUAUGAUUGAGAAGCUCAAAGAGAAGAUAUAA